CCUUCUGACCAUAAAGCCUUCAGUACCCUGCGCGCAACUUAAAACUGCUACAACUUCCAAUACCAGUUCUCUUAUCACUCAAAUCCCAUCUCGACCCGCUCACAACUUCCCAUACCAGUUGUACUAGUCAUGGGUAUGCGUCUGCAAUCCGUGCUUCUCAAUGCCAAGCAACUUCUCAAACUGCAGUCUAUGCAUACUAGAGGCAGAAAUCAGCCGGACGUUCCCAAAGGCCAUAUUGCAGUCUAUGUGGGAGAGAUCCAAACAAAGAGGUUUGUGAUUCCCAUAUCUUACUUGAACCAUCCUUCGUUCCAAGAUCUGCUUAAGCAAGCUGAGAAAGAGUUCGGAUUCAAUCAUCCAAUGGGUGGCCUAACUUUUCCAUGCAAAGAGGACGCCUUCAUUGAUCUCACUUCUCAGUUGCAUGCCUCAUGAAAGAUGAAGAACGAUGAGCUUUCCUCUACAAUUUUGACAUCUUUUUUCUCUAAUAGACUUCAGAAUAGUACUACUUUAGAAGUAACUUAGUGGACAGA